AUGCUAGGAAACCAAACGGAUAAAGGCUUAUUUUCUCUCCUCGGCCUUACCAGCAAUCCGUGGCUCCAGAUUUUCCUUUUUGUCCUGUUCUUAUUAAUUUAUCUGCUAACUGUAGUGGGGAAUGUUAUGGUCAUGCUGGCUGUAAAAUUCAACCCUAAUCUUCAGAACCCCAUGUACUUCUUCCUGAGUCACCUCUCUUUCCUUGAUGUUUGUUAUUCAUCCGUCACGCUCCCAAAGUUGCUGGAGACUACCAUCGCCGGACAGAAGACCAUAUCUGUCAGCGGAUGCUUCGCUCAGGCAUUCUUCAUUUUGUUUUCAGCCACCGCCGAGGUUUUUAUGCUCUCAUCGAUGGCUUAUGACAGGUACUGUGCCAUAUGCAAACCGCUGCAUUACGCGAACAUCAUGAAUAUGGCAUUCAGUUAUAAGCUCGUGGCUACUUCAUGGACAAUUGGAUUCUUGUAUGCGCUUGCAAACACUUUGUCACUGUUAAGGUUAGAAUUCUGUGGGUCAGAUGUCAUAAGACAUUUCAGUUGUGAGCUCCCGUCUAUCCUUUCUUUGUCCUGCAGUGACACGUCCAUGAAUAAAAUGUUGUUCCUCAUUUCUGGAGGCACUGUAGGCGUAGUCUCCCUCUUUCUCACUGUUAUCUCCUACUUUCAUAUCAUUUCUACCAUCCUGAGGAUCACCUCCACAGAGGGGAGACAGAAAGCUUUCUCGACCUGCAGCUCCCACCUCAUUGUAGUGACUCUCUUCUAUGGGACAGGUUACUUCCGCUAUCUUAGACCAAGCUCAGCAUCGUCAGUGGUUUUGGAUGAAAUGCUUUCUAUACAAUACAGCAUCCUCACACCAUUGUUAAACCCUGUCAUCUACAGUUUACCAAACAAGGAGAUGAAGGCAUCAUUUAAGAGGUUGUUACAGUGCUGA